CAGAGCUGUCGGUACUUGUUGAGUUUCGCGAAUUUUGCAAUUCUCUGAAGAACGCGGAACUGACGCAGCUUACUGACGAUUCUAAUGACGACUCCUCUUGAGGCACGUGAUUCGCGAUGGACGUGACAAAGCAGCCAGAUUCUGAAGACGGCGAUUGUUUAGCGUGCCGUCUCGUUGGCACUGGUGGACUCCUAGGUGCGUCAGCUUACGUCUGGUACCACAGUCGCCACCUGAAAGGAUUUGGCAAGUUCGCCGCCUACACAUUCUGCGGAGGACUCGGAUACCUCGGAUGUGCGAGAUUUGCUUCACUACCACCGUUCCUGCCCAAGUGAAGAACAGAUAAACACCCUCCGCACCAACUAAAUCAAGAAAAGCAGCGGCCACACAACACACAGCCCGGCGACUGGGGAAUCGCAUCGUCGCCAUGAAGUUGCUGAACCAGUUCGUCUACGGGGACGCCGAUUUCGUGCACGACGUGGCACCAAGCGAAGGAAAGCCGACCCGUUUCGAUCAGCUGUUGCAGUCGAAAUGGAACGACGCCAUGACCAGCGGUCAGUUCUGGUACAAGCUGGACAAACUGGACACGCGGAUACUGCCCGGAAAAUACGGCUUCGUGGCGCAGCUCAACACGAAGAGAGCCAAUGAGAGGAGGAAGCCUCAACACGUCACUUCCAUCUGCAUGCCUUUCGACGGCAGCAUCUUCAACUUCACUAAGCUCAAGGACGGUGAGAUGCUCUUUUCUCUGAAGAAUGCCAACAAAGCGGAAGGCAGCGAGAAAGAAAUGGAACAUUGGGUUGUGAUUAACGUCAGCCCGGUGGAGUACUGCAACUCGCUGCUAGUUCCCAGCCUGUACAGCUGUCUACCACAGGUACUGACACCAGAGUCUGUGCGUCUGGCAAUUGAAACAGUGCUACUAAGUGGCAGCCCAAAUUUCCGUCUCGGCUUCAACAGCCUUGGUGGCCAUGCCUCGGUGAAUCACCACCAUUUUCACCUCUACUACCUGGAGCACAGGCUUUACAUCGAAACAGCUAGGGUCAACCACCUAUGGAGCGAAUGCUACGAGAUUGUGGACUAUCCGGCCAAAGGAUUUGCAUUUCAAGUAACCAACGGCAACAAGGAAGAUGUUGUUCGGGAUGCUAUGGUACUCGUCCAAAUGCUGCUGAAAACAUCCACAGCCCACAACCUGUUUGUAACGAGGGGCACGAGUUUUCACUCGGACGACGCUGAAAGAACAGUGGUUCGCGUGUUCCUGUGGGCACGGAAAUCUUGCUACGGCGCGAAGGACGAGUCUGCGUUCAACGUUGCUCUCUGUGAGCUGUCAGGGCAUCUAAUAAUGAAAAAUGAGGAAGGAUACCUCACGGCGACCGAAGACUCCGUCUCGCAACAACUCCACGAAUUUUGCGACGACAUCUUCGCGGAGGUGCGCUCCCAAGUGGUGGCGCUAAACAAAGACUGCUACAGCUGAUGGCCUGCAAACUCGUCGAUAGUAUUUUCUGUUCUGCCCGUGAGGGCGCGACGUCAUCGUUACCCGCUAAUAAAAUUGUUUUGUUUCUGCAAAUCA